AAUUCUGUAUUUGGGUCUAGCUCUGUAUCACUAACGUAUAUCUUAAGUUGAAGUGCAAAACUGAGACAUAAAUAUCGUUAAAAUGUCGACACAAAGACCAAGAAGCUUGUCAACGGGUAAGGACUCUCAACGAAUAUCCGCGGUCAGCGCAGAUAGCCGAUCCGAUGGACUCUCCCAUAGUGAGUCCGAGGACGAACUCGAGCCCGGCAACGAAGUCAAACCAGCGGCAGAUGUCACCAUCUAUAACUCUUAUAAUAUGGGUCCUGCCUUCGGCAAGAAGUUCCCAUUGCCGUACAUUCGCUUUAUGAUGUCCCAAGUGGUCAGAGAGAAGCUGGGAAACAAGAACUAUGUGCAAUCGGAAGCCCUAAAGUGGACCCGCGAUGUCGCCGACGAAAUAAACCUUAAGAUGAAGGGCCGUGGAUCCUGUCCGAGAUUCAAGCACGUGGUAAACGUAAUGCUCUAUCAGCAGACUGGAGCGGGUUGUUUCUACGGAGCUCGUGCCAUUUGGGACGAACUUUCCGAUGAUUAUGUGAGCUAUACCUACGAUGGCGGUAGUUUUAUUUGCAUUGCUGCCGUUUUCGGUUGUUAUCAGUAUUGAUGUGAAUAAUCGAUCAGUAAAUAAAUAAAGAAAUUGUGCAGUGUUCUGAUUG